AUGGCGGAUGCUAAGAAGAUACAGGGUCCAAUAAAGGCUCUCGAUGACUUCGGUGAAAUGAUUACGUGCCUAGCAAACAUCGGUUAUUACGAGAUGUCUUACUACACGGACUACGGGUGUUUCUGUGGCUAUGGAGGUAGCGGCACACCAGUCGAUCCUACAGACAUAUGUUGCCAGAUCCACGAUCAAUGCUACACCGAAGCAGUUAAACCAGACUAUGGGUGCGGGUGGUUUGACACAUACGCCACAGACUAUGAGUACGUGGAAUCUAUCGACGCAGCAGGAAACUGUGCUAUCAGAUGCAUGACCGAAAAAGAGUAUCCAGCCAGCGACAGCAACGCCAAAUGCAGGGCGUUCAUGUGUGAAUGCGACCGCAAAGGUGCUCAAUGCUUCGCCAAUGAAAGAGGCAACUUCAACAAGAAUUCCUUCUACAACUACCCAUCGAGCAAGUGCUAGUAAUCCAAGUGCACAUGCCCACGACC